GAACAAUAAUUAAAAGUUUCGGACAACAAAAUGAGCAUGGAAGUCACCUUAAAUCUGCAACUGCCGUUGCCUAAGACCCAGCUAAUACCCUUAUGAUCAGAGCAUCAGACGGUUUCCGCUCUUCAUCAACAAUUGAGAGAUGCUUACCACUAUAUAAAUAUCAGCCCAAAUUUAAGUAAAUUCUCUGCAAUCAUCCUCUCUCUCGCUCUCUCUCUCUCUCUCUCUCUCUCUCUCUCGAUAGGGUGAUUCUCAAUCUCUCUCGCUCUUUCUCUCUCUCACUGGAAGAAAGCAAGAAGAAAAAGCACAGUUAUAGCAAUCAUGUGGAGGAUAUCAUGUGAUGUGACAUAAUAAUAAAGUUGACAAGGAUCGGCAUAUUUAAUAGGAGAUACAUCGAGGAAAUGGAAACAAAUUGAGGUUCCAUAGGUUGCCCCUUUAUGCAAAUAUCUAAUGGAUGGAUUAGAAUUGUGCAUGGAAUUAUCUAGGUUGCCAAACUUCCAAUGGAUGAAAUAAUUGGCGAGGAUGCUUUUAGCGGAACACCAAAAACUAGCAACGGCAAUAUUGAAGGUGAAAUGGAGAAAGAACAUAAGAUGGAAGAAGUGGAUAAUGAUGGUAAUAGUGGGGCCAUUGAAAUUGAUAGAGCUUCUUCAGAAAUAGUGAAGGUGAACGAUGAACAAUCAAUUUUGAUUCUUGAUGGUGAAGAGAAGGAACAAUUUUCAAAAGAAUUUGAUAUGGUUAUUAGGGGUGAAGAGGAGAAAGAAAAUAUGCAAAUAGAGAUGAAUAAUGAUAAUAUUGACAAUGUUGAAACUGAGAUAACUUUAUUGGAGCCAGUGAAGAUGAAUGGCAAAGAAUCAAUUUUGAUUCCUGUUGGUAAAGGGAAGGAAGAGCUUACAAAAGAGUCAAAUGUGGUUAUAGGACAUGACAAGGAGAAAGAACAUACAGUGGAGAAGUUGAAUAACAAGGAGAAUCCUAAUGAAGAAGUGGCACAUGUAGAAGAUACAAAAGAAGAGGUGAAGAAUGAAGAACAAAUAGAAGCUAUCUCCAAGAAAAUAGAUAAGUUGAGGAAGAAAGGAAAAAAGGCCUUAAAGAAGAAGAUGGCUUUGAAGGGUAAGAAUGAAGUGAUUGUCAAGGAUAUAAAUGAUCAAAAACCUUUAAACAAGAAGAACCUUCAAACUAUGGAGGAGUUGAAUAAUAAAGCAAAUGUUGAUGAUGAACUAGUGCAAGAAGAAGAUGAAAAAGAAAAGGUGAAGGAUGAAGAUAAAGUCGAAGAUAUUUCUCAGAAGAAAAAGGGGAGAAAAUACUCAAGGAAGAAGUUAGCUUUGAAGGCCAUCAAUGAAGGGACUGUCAAGGAUACAAAUGAGCAAGAACCUUCAAACAAAAAUGCUAAACUUAUGGGAAUGAUAUUUAUGUGUAGCUCUAAGACAAAGAAGGAUUGCUACCGUUACAAGGUUUUAGGUUUGCCAGUAAGCAAGAGAGAUGUUGUUCUACAAAUCUGUGAAGGGAUGAAGCUAUUUUUGUUUGAUUUUGACUUGAAAUUGCUAUAUGGAAUCUACAAAGCUACAGGACCUGGGGGUUACAAUAUUGAACCAAAGGCUUUCAAGUCUGCAUUCCCUUCACAGGUGCGGUUCAAUGUUUAUGAGGACUGCUUGCCUCUGCCAGAGGAGAAGUUUAAAAAGGUUAUCAAAGACAACUACUACCAGAAGAACAAAUUUGAUUGUCGACUGACAUCAGAACAGGUGAAGAAUUUGUGCAAGCUUUUUCGAGCUGCUAGCAAUACCUCCGAGUUGAAAGGGUUGCAAAGAAAUCCUGGAGCAAAGACACGUACAUUUACAGAUCGAGACAAGAGUAGAAAACGACAUCACAUAGCAGAAAUCCAUAAAUUUGCAGAUCAGGACAGGACUAGGAAGCGGCGCCUUGACACCUAUGAAAGGGAAAUUUAUGCAUCCCCUGUUGCACCUCUGCCAUCGUGUGUACCUUUACCCCGAGCACCAACUCUUGUACCCCCUCCACAAUCAUAUGCUUACGAACGGAUCUUGGAAAGGAAUGAUUAUAGAAUGGAUCCACCUGUUGAACAUCAGGACGGACUAUUUCGAGAUUUGGAGCUGAGGCGUCGAGAGCAGAUUAAGCAUGCAAGGUACCCAUUCCAUGAGCAUCAUGAUAGAUGGUUUCUAGAUUCAGAAAUGAGGUAUCGGGGGGAGAUUGAACACCGUGAUCCCGAUGUUCUAUACAGGGACCAUGAUCUCUCAUAUUCUGCUUCCCAGCCAUCUGAAUACCAACCUUACACAAGGACACUACAUCGUCCUGCUUCUCCUCCACAUGGUAUAGGUCUAUAUGAUCGGUAUGUUGGUGCUAGAUCCUGGUACUGAGAACUCAGAAGAUUUCUGAAAGUAUGAAACUCGUGGCAGCCACCUUGAAUUUGUGGAAAUUUCUCGAGUCCUGAGUCCAAAAUAUACCACUAGUUAUGAAGCCUGUCUACUUAGUUUCAGUUUUUGACUGUAUUUAGUGCAAAAUUUGGACUAUCUUUGAAACACGAAAUACUCUAGCUUAAAAGCAUCAUGUAAUAAUAUUCUUACCUGGAAUUUAUUUGGUUUUCUUUUGAUACUUCGAAAA